AGUGUCAUGUCUGGUGUGAUGCCCAUGUUCAUCUUACGGAUUUCAAUGCUAUUCGUAUGGAUGGUGUCAACUGCACUCUCUAUGACAUUGUUAUGGCAAUCUUUAUCAGAUCAUUGGGAAGAUAUUGAAAUUUGGGAUUCAAAAUGGAUUCUGCCAGCUGUCGCAUAUCCAGCAAUGAACGUUAUAAGUCAUUUCGCGCUGAUUUACUAUACUAUUAAUAACGGUGACGAAGAACGAGUGCGGGAAAUAGCCACAAUACGGAAUCAAAAACAUUAUAUUGCUUGUAUAAUAUUUGUUAUUGAAAUGAUACACAAUUUUUUUAAACAUCCAGCAGAUCUGUUUGAUUUUUUUCCUUUCAUGUUGUUGCAGAUUCUGCUUACCAUUCUUGGAACAUGCGAACGUUGUCAAAACUUGUAUCCUUGUACAAGCAAAUGUUUUGGCAAAGAACCCUACAAAUGGUUGGCUGAUACCAAUUCAUGUCCACAUUCAUUUCCUUUCGGUUUUUUAUGGUUUUUGUUUGUGCAUUGUUAUAUGGGUUUUUGUUGGAUGAAACUCUAUACAUUUUGGUACUAUUUUCCAUAUUCAUGUAUGGGAUAUUUUCCAGUUUAUUUAUUUUAUGACGUUUCAAAUAUAGAAGAUAUAGACUUAGAUGAAUGUCGUGGUAGAUUUAGGGAAUAUCCAGCAGAAGAUUCAACUAGAAACGAAUGGAAGUAUUUUCUGGAGAUAUGCGGUCUAUAUAAUGAAUAUUUAAUCAUAAUUUUCUUUAUACAUAUUUCAUCACUUUGCCAUUCUUAUUUUCUGUGUCCUCAAAUACACUUGAAAAGAUCAGAACAAAUUAAAAAGAAAGAAGAAUUCAACUUAUGUUUGGAAAUAAAAGAGCUCGACAACAUCUGUGUAGAAGCAGCAAACAGUCCUAAAAACUGA